CUGACCGGUCUGAUGGAGCAGUUUGUGGAUCUGGCCAAAAAGGGCGAGCACGAGAAGGGAGGCUGGGCCAACACGGCGUACGGGACGUCCAAAACAGGACUCACGGUCCUGACCAUGAUCCACGCUCGUCGCCUGACGAAGGAGAGACCUCAUGACGGGAUCCUGGUGAACGCCUGCUGCCCCGGCUGGGUCCGCACCGACAUGGCGGGCCCCAAAGCCCCCAAAUCCCCUGAGGAGGGGGCCGUGACCCCGGUGUUCCUCGCCCUGCUGCCGGCCGGGGCCACGGACCCCCACGGGAGGUUCGUCUCCGAUAAGGAGGUCCAGCCGUGGUGAAGUGUGUGUGUGUGUGUGUGUGUGUGUGUGUGUGAGAGAGAGAGAGAGAGAGUUUGGCUUACACAACAAUAAUAAGGCCUCUAUCUGCAAGUGCUGCUGUAAUCACUUUGCCUUCAGUACUUCAACAUUUAUAUACUUUUUACAUGGAAAGAGGAACACUUGCCUUAACUGGAUAAAGCUUAAAUGUUGUGUAACAAAUAAAAAGCUUUUCUGACAUG